CCAUCGUCUGCUCGUUGCUGGUUCCCAUCCUCGUCCUCUGCCCUACUCUAAUGGCGCUCCCAGAUGAACUCCUCGAAGAGAUCUUCCGCCGCCUCCCCACGGCCGCCGACCUCGCGCGCGCCUCCGCGGCCUGCGUCUCCUUCCGCCGCGUCAUCACCAGCCAUCCCUUCCUCCGCCGAUUCCGCGCCCUCCACCCGCCGCCCCUCCUCGGCAUCCUCUGCGGCGGCCUCAUCCCCGCCCAGCCGCCCCACCCUUCCGCCGCGGCGGCGGCCACCUUAGCCGACGCCGACUUCUCCUGCUCCUUCCUCCCGCCGUCCCGCGACGGCCGCGCCCUUUUCUCCCCCGCCCCCGAGCGGACCGGCGGCGACUACAACCGCCGGGACCUGGUUAGGGAGUUCGCUGUCUGCGACCCCCUGCACCGCCGGUACCUCCUGCUGCCUGCCCUCCCCGACCAUCUAGCCGACCAAGUCCAUCGACCGGACAUCAUACAUUGCGAGCCCUUCCUUGCUCCUCCCGGCGACGACGAGGACUCGUCAUUCACAGACUUCAGAGUCAUGUGCUUGGUGCGGUGCACAGCCAAGCUUGUCCUCUUCGUCUUCUCUUCCUGCGCCGGGCAAUGGCUCGCUGAUCCCAUCACGUUUGACAUGUUGGGAUACACGCUGCUCGUGCUCGAUGCACAAAGGCUGGAGUUCUCCCCUGUUGACCUCCCGCCUCCACUUGGCUCUUGUAAGUGGGACAUGGCCAUUGUGGAGGCAGCAGAAGGAAGGCUUGGGAUGCUUACUAUCUCUGAGCAUACUGAAGCUGGUGUGUACAAAUACCAUCUCGUGUAUGAUGUAUUGCAUCCUAAGGAUGAGAAUGGCGCAAACCAGUGGCAAUCAAAGUCCGCAAUCCCUUUGCCGGAUGAGCAAGAAGCCUUUGUUUCUCAUCUUGUGAAUAUGACUGUCCUCAUUUUCAGUGUCAUACAGAAAUACUACUGA